UCAUUUCAUAUCUCACAUAAAUAUAUAUAUAUCGAUCCCUCAAAUCUACAGACAGUUAAGUAGUAGUAAUGGAAUAUUGUUCAUGGAAUGAAGAGAAGAUGACAUCAUCACCACCGUCAUCCCAGGAGCUGCCUUUCAACGAGGACGAUCCACAAGAGAUGUUUUUAUAUGGACUUAUUAAUAAUAAUAAUAAUGGCACCGCCAUGGCAAAGUCGAACAAUGACGAGGAAGAAGAAGAAGAAAUUGAAGAAGAUAAUGAAUCGGCAGCGAUGAGGCAGUACCGAGGAGUGCGGCGGAGGCCAUGGGGGAAGUACGCGGCGGAGAUCCGGGACUCCACCAGGAACAGCGUGCGUGUGUGGCUCGGCACCUUCGACACCGCCGAGGACGCCGCCCUCGCCUACGACCAGGCCGCCCUCGCCAUCCGCGGCCCCCACGCCAUCCUUAACUUCCCCGCCCACCUUGUCUCGGCUUCCCUCAGAGAUAUUAUACUGCAGGAUACGGACACGGAUAUGGAUAUGGAUACGGAUACCGAUCCUACCAGCACCUCCCCUGUGCUGGCACUCAAGAGACGUCACUCCAUGAUGCUGCACAGGACCAGGACUAAGAGGACCAGGACCAGGACCAAGAGCGAGUCCAGCUCCAGCUCCAGAUCAUCAAUUACAAUUAGACCCGCCAACACUAAUAAUAAGUCGACCCCCACCCCAACCCCACCCCAACAAUCAAUUAUAAACCAUCAUCAUCAGUUUGACCACAAUAUAGGCUAUAGUAGUACUAAUAAUACUAGUAGUGACCAAGUGGUGGUGCUGGAGGACUUGGGGGCUGAUUAUUUGGACGAAUUGCUGCGCCUCUCCUCACACUCCUGCUCCUACUCCUAGUCAAUACAAUAAAAUACCUGCAUCAGUACCCUAUCCAUAUCUAAUUAAUUAAUA